UCAACGGUCAGUACACACGUUUAUAUGAAAAGGAAGGAAGGAAGGAAAGAAGGCAGGCAGGCUGGUGUAUGCUGUACUUUGGUAGUUUAACAGUCAGGGACAAUGGGUUCGACUACAGACGAAGAAUUUAAAGAGAAAUUAUUAUGGAACGUGAAAAGAGAAGUGAAGCAGAUUAUGGAGGAAGCAGUGACCAAGAAGUUUGUCCAUGAAGACAGCAGCCACAUUAUUGCACUUUGUAGCUCCAUUGAGGCUUGUUUAAGCCACCUUCUGAAGCGAAGAGCGGCGGGAUUCCUCCACAGGGAUAAAAUUGCGGCCCUCUUUACUAAGAUCGGCAAGGUGAACACAACGACGAGUGAGGUGUGUCGCAAAGUACAGGAACAGUUGCAGCAGCAAGAUGAAAUCACCAGGAGAACCCAAAGCACAGGACAAGAGCCCCUCAGGAGGCAGGGUUCUUCAGUCGGCAAAGCACCCCAGCCUCUCUCUGCACAGGCAAUCAAGCACAUAUGGGUCCGCACUGCCCUUUUUGAAAAAGUCUUGGACAAAGUCGUGCAGUACAUUGUGGAUAAUGCGAGUAAGUAUUAUGAAAAGGAGGCCCUGAUGCACGACUACGUGUUUGGCCCUAUACUGGCAGCGCUUCUGGUAGGGCCUUGUGCUCUGGAGUACACCAAGCUCAAGACAUCAGAUCAUUUCUGGACAGACCCGUCAGCCAAUGAGUUGGUGCAGAGGCAUCGUAUCCACGGGGCCCACAGAGGUCAAGAGGUUUCGCCGGGCCAGAGGCCUGCACUCGGGAUCCGAAAGAGGCAGUCUAGUGGUAGCAUGUCUGAGGACAAGUUUGCAGCUUCGGCGAGAGAGUAUGUUGAAUCCCUGCACCAAAAUUCACGUGUUCACUUGCUCUACGGAAAGAACAACGUACUUGUUCAACCGAAGAAGGACAUGGAGGUGCUGCGUGGUUACCUGUCCCUCCAUCAGGCAGCGGAAACACUCACGCUGAAGUGGACACCCAAUCAGCUAAUCAAUGGAACUCUGGGCGACUGUGACCUAGAGAAGAGUAUUUAUUGGGACUACGCAUUGACUGUGCCUUUAAGACAGAUCGUCUGCCUACAUUGUCAUCAGCGCCCGGACUGUGGUGGCACUCUGGUGUUAGUAAGUCAGGAUGGGAUCCAGAGGCCUCCUCUGCACUUCCCCCCUGGGGGCCACCUUUUGGCUUUCCUGUCCUGUUUGGAGACAGGUCUACUGCCCCGGGGUCAGCUGGAUCCCCCUCUCUGGUCCCAGAGGGGUAAGGGCAAAGUCUUCCCUAAACUUCGUAAGAGGAACAACACUGCCCGUUUAGUUGAUCAGGAUGGCGGGGAUGGAGAGGAGCAGAUCGCUGCAGACUACGUGUUUCGCAUUGUUUAUCCGGGACACUGUCACGACUCAACUGUCACAAUAAACUACCACCACACCACGGGCAGUCGUGCGCCCUCUCUGGACGACGAUGAGGAGGAGGAAGAUAGACUUCACGCAAUGAUCUCAAUGAUCUGCUCACGGAACCUCACAGACCCUAAUGUCAUGAAAGACCACGGGGACAUGAUGGAGAUGCAGGGCUUUGGCGGUAGCCCGUUGUCAUGGCAGCAGGGUGAAUGCACCAGUCAUAUGUCAUUAUGUCUCUCAUGCUCCACUGGGGGCAGCAAUGUAUCUGUCGAGCUUCCAGUGAGCUGUACCUGUGUGCAUGACCGUAUUCCUCUAAAGAUGCUGUGCCAAAAUAUGAAGAGACAGAUUGUCUCUCGGGCAUUUUAUGGCUGGCUGGCCUAUUGUCGCCAUCUGUCCACUGUGAGGACUCAUCUUUCAGCGCUGGUCAAUCAUAACAUUGUCCCUCCAGACAAACCUUGUGAAGCCUCUGGGGGACUCACCAAAGAUGUAUGGAGUAAAUAUCAGAAAGACUGUAAGAAUUAUAAGGAGCUGGAGCUGCUGAGAUUGGUUUACUAUGGAGGGGUGGAGCAUGAGAUCAGAAAGGAGGUGUGGCCGUUUUUGCUUGGUCACUACAAGUUCGGAAUGGACAAGAAAGACAUGGCUCAGAUUGAUGAGAAGAUCACAGAGAGAUAUCAGCAGGUGAUGCGAGAGUGGAAGGCAUGUGAGAUCAUUGUGAAGCAGCGGGAGAAAGAGAUGCAGUCGGCCAUCUUUGCCAAGCUGUCGUCAGGGAGCAGUAUAGACAGCCACAUCCUCAGACUCAUCCACAGAGACUCCACUAUCAGCAAUGAGGUAUUCAUGUCAGUGGAUGAGCCUGAUGCAGGGGGUCACGACACCUCGUGUGAGGGAAGCACACCCACCUUAACCACUCUGGUCACCCCAGCUGUUUUAGCUCCAGAUGAGAGGCCUCUGGUUGAGUUUGACUCUCCAGACUCAGGCCUGCCCUCCUCCAGAAACUACUCCGUGGCGUCUGGCCAUUCCCAAAUCAUGUCUAGCAUCGAUGAUGGGCAGAGCAUGGAAGAGGACACUACACCCACUGGGGGACUAGAGGAGCAGUGUGGACGGGACUCUUUGAGUGAGGACAAACUCUGCAGUCAGUUGGACAAACUUGUAACCACCAACGAGGGAGCAACACCAUCCUUAUCUUCUUAUACGAUCGAGCUGUUGGAUAAGGUGGCGCUGAACUUGCACAGAAUAGAUAAAGAUGUCCAGCGCUGUGAUCGCAACUACUAUUACUUCACAACAGCAAACCUGGAGAAACUACGAAACAUCAUGUGCAGUUAUGUGUGGGAACAUCUGGAGAUUGGCUAUGUGCAGGGCAUGUGUGAUCUUCUAGCCCCACUAAUGGUCAUUCUGGAUGAUGAGUGCCUGGCCUACAGCUGUUUCACUCAGCUGAUGAAAAGGAUGAGUCAGAAUUUCCCUACCGGACGAGCGAUGGACACUCAUUUCGCCAAUAUGAGGUCACUGAUACAGAUCCUUGACUCAGAGUUGUUUGAGCUCAUGCAUCAGAAUGGAGAUUAUACUCAUUUCUAUUUCUGCUACCGCUGGUUCCUUCUUGACUUCAAAAGAGAACUACUCUAUGAGGAUGUGUUUGCAGUAUGGGAGGUUAUCUGGGUCGCCCCCCGCAUCUCCUCCAGGCACUUUGGCCUCUUCAUUGCACUGGCAUUGGUGGAGGUGUACAGAGACAUCAUACUAGACAACAACAUGGACUUCACUGACAUCAUCAAAUUCUUUAAUGAGAUGGCAGAGCGCCACAACGUGCAGUACAUCCUCCGAAUAGCACGGGAGCUUGUACACAAGGUGCAGACCCUUAUCGAGAACAAGUGAGCAUGGACAGAAGGAGGUUGUGGACACCCACAAAGCACUGCCUUGCUGUAUCCCUUUCUGUCUUUCCCAGCAGCCCAAGGCUCGAGACUGCCUGGGAUCUGCCACUGGCAGCGUGGACCUCAACUUCUUGACUCUUACAAUUGUUUUCCUGCCACAGAAUGCCAUUGUGACAGACCCAGGCAUUGUCUGCAUGCUCGUGAUGUUUGAGCACACUGUGACUACUUUUUGUUUGUUCGUUUCUUGCAGUACACGCCUCCAGCACAUGCCACAUCUAUCAGGUCCUUUAAGAUCUGCUUUUAUAAUAAAAUCUAAGCCUCAUAGGUUGAGGCAAUGGCAAUUACCUUUCCCUAAUGGCCGCUGUUGUUGUUCACGUGCCUCAGAUAGAAAAGGCGCAGAGCAGUUUAACUCAGCACAGAGGCUGCAUUAGUUCAGCUCCCUUAAGUAAUAACUACGCCACUAAGUCGUUAAAACAGUGUGUGACCAAAAGGACUGUGCCAGUGACCUUGUUAUAGUAUCUAAAUGCCUUGUUUUAUUGUUUCUUCUGUACGAUUCCCUUGACGUUUUGGUUAACAGUGGAAAUUAGUUGACGUUGCCUUUGUAACAUGUAUCCAUUCUUUUGCACUUUGAAUCAAUGACCCUGUGACACCAGUGAUGCUCCUUAGACGGGACAGGAAGGAGUUGCGGUGUUACACAGGGUUCACUCCACUUCCCUUAAGGCUCUCCAGUCUGGAAAAGGGGUCCUUGAGAAGACACAACCAGACUCUUCCAUUGCUCAGCAAAUUGCUUCCACAUUAUGAAAAUAGUACAAUGCGACAAGACUAAUUUCUUCUAGUGUGUCCCAUCAUGGAUGCAGGUUUGCUUCUUUAUACACUACUUUAGUUUAUUUAAAAGAAAACUUCUCCCAUAAAAUGAAAAGUUUAUCAUAAUUUACUCACCCUCAUAUUAUUCCAAACCUAUAUAUGGCUUUGGAACAACAUGAGGGUGAGUAAAUAAUGAUUUUUGGGGGGGGGUAAACUAUCACUUUAAACGUUAAAGAGGCUGAGGUUCAGACUUUAGUUCAUGAUAUGCUACUAGUAGAGAUAUUGCAUUAUUUUAUGCCUGUACAUCAUCACAUCUGUCUCUUUCGCUCUUGUUAAAGACAGAUCACAUACCAUUUGCACUGUUAAAAAAAGACAUCCACGCUGUCUUAACAAUCCUCCAAAUAUUUGAUACCUAAAGGCUGUGUUCGAAAUAGAAUACUACUUUUAAUACACUGUACUCGUGUGCAAUAUAAAAAAAUUUAAUGUGAAACAAUGCAUAAUGCAAUGUUUCAAACAGUAGUGUGUGUCAUUGUUGUGACAUGACCUCAUCAAGUUGCAUGUUUAAUUGAGCGAAUGCUCUCCAAUUAUCAUUUUAGAAAUGGAAACAUUGCAUUUUUAAUACAAGUUUGUGUAAAAAGGUUGUCAUUUUUGGCGUUCCAAUCAAAUAGAAUAAUUUUAAAACUAUUUUGAUAUUACUACUGGUUCCUACGCUGGAAAUGGAAGGUCAAGUCAAGUGCGCUACAAAUGUAGUAGGUCAUAUGGGUAUUCCAUGCAUGCAGACUGUAAACAGUAUACAUACUACACACUGCAGAAAUAGUAAAAGUUGUAUGGUAGUAUACUAUUCCGAUCCUAGCCUAACUGAAUCCCCCAAGAAAACAAACAAAAUAACCAAAAAAACAACUAUACUUUUACAUCAGCUGACAGAGAUUAUGUGAAGUCGUUUUACAAAGUGACUAUUUUGCUGCCAAUUCCUUUUGUCCUUGGUUCAGUUUGUAUGUGUCGAGUGUGAGGGAUGUUUUAGCCCUUAUGAAAGGUUUACUGCCGAUGGGACCUUGUGUACCAAAGCCUCUAAAACGUCAUCCUUGUCGUCAUACAGAUGUGCAAUCUUAAACCAUAACUCGAAGACUGUUGAUUAGGUGUAUAUUUAAAAGACAAAUCGUACCUUUUAAUUUCUACUGUGAAACAUUUGAUUUGUUAACCUCAUUUCCAAGUGUACAAUUGCACUGUAAAUACAAAGAGAAAAAGCCCUGGAUUUCUAUGAGGACAGUACUGUCAGUUGUAUUUUACACUCAAUUUUUUACUUAGGUUUUAGAGACCGCUUCUAAGAAACAUUUAUACCUGGAGAGCUGUACAAUUUGAAUGUGGGAAACCAUUGUUACUU